GUUGAGAGGAGCGAUCGACAGCCACGUGAGGAGGGCGGAAGAGACAGACGGAGGAGGGGACGUCGUCGGCCGUGGGUGUGUGAGGGUCUCUUUACAUCUGCACUGUCACCGCGCGCGCCGCAGCACACACCGACCGGACAGCCGCGCGCGAACACGGAUCCAGACAUGGACGAGAAGACCGAGAUGAAUUCACUGUCCGGCUCCAUACACGAGCAGAACGGAGAUCUGGGAGACACAGAGAAAGACCACAAAAAGAAUGGGAAGAAGAAGAAGAAAGAAGUGGAGCCCAUGGUCGGCCCCAUCGCUGUGUUCAGGUUUGCAGAUGGCGUGGACAUUCUGAUGAUCAUUGUAGGGACGCUGAUGGCCAUGGGCCACGGCGUGGUGCUUCCUCUCAUGUGUAUUGUCUUCGGCGACAUGACGGACAGCUUCGUCAUGGACGCAGGAUCCCAAAUGGAUCCAAAUAUGACAAUUAUGUAUAACAGCACCUUAGAAGAGGACAUGACGGGGUUUGCCAUCGACUAUGCCAUCAUGGGAGCGGCCGUCCUGAUCGUCGCGUACCUGCAGGUUUCCCUCUGGACGCUGGCAGCCGGGCGGCAGGUCCGGCGCAUCCGCACCCUGUUUUUCCACCGCAUCAUGCAGCAGGACAUUGGCUGGUUCGAUAUCAAUGAGACGGGAGAGCUGAACACACGUCUGACAGAUGACAUCUAUAAGAUACAGGAAGGCAUCGGGGACAAGGUGGGCAUGCUGAUUCAAGGUUUCACCACCUUCAUUGCCUCCUUUGUCAUCGGCUUCAUCAAAGGUUGGAAACUGACCCUGGUCAUCCUGGCCGUCAGCCCGGUUUUGGCCAUUUCUGCCGCAAUUUUUAGUAAGGUGCUGACGUCGUUCACCUCAAAAGAGCAGGCGGCGUACGCCAAGGCGGGAGCUGUGGCUGAGGAGGUGCUCUCUGCCGUCAGGACGGUGUUCGCCUUCAGCGGCCAAGAGAAAGAGAUUCAGAGAUAUCAUAAAAAUUUGGAGGACGCAAAGAAUAUGGGUAUCAAGAAAGCUAUCUCCGCUAACAUUGCCAUGGGCUUCACCUUCAUGAUGAUCUACAUUUCCUAUGCGCUGGCCUUCUGGUACGGCAGCACGCUCAUCCUGGCUGAUGAGUACACAAUAGGAACUGUGCUCACUGUCUUCUUCGUUGUGAUUAUUGGAGCCUUUUCAAUGGGACAGACCUCUCCCAACAUCCAGACGUUCGCCAGCGCCCGGGGAGCCGCACAUAAAGUGUACAACAUCAUCGAUCAUAACCCGAGUAUCGACAGUUUCUCUGAGGCCGGAUUCAGACCCGACUUCGUCAAAGGAGACAUAGAGUUCAAGAACAUCAGCUUCAGCUACCCGUCCAGGCCGGACGUCAAAGUCCUGAAUGACAUGUCCCUGAGUGUGAAGAGCGGGCAGACCCUCGCUUUAGUUGGCAGCAGCGGCUGCGGCAAAAGCACCACCAUCCAGCUGCUGCAGAGGUUCUACGAUCCUGUCGAGGGAUCCGUGAGCAUCGACGGCCACGACAUCCGGUCUCUUAACAUCCGCUACCUGAGAGAGAUGAUCGGCGUGGUGAGCCAGGAGCCGAUCCUCUUCGCCACCACCAUCUCCGAGAACAUCCGCUACGGCCGCCCCGACGUGACGCAGCAGGAGAUCGAGCAAGCCGCCAAAGAGGCCAACGCUUACGACUUCAUCAUGCAGCUUCCCGAUAAGUUUGAGACGCUGGUCGGAGACCGGGGAACGCAGAUGAGCGGAGGACAGAAGCAGAGGAUCGCCAUCGCUCGGGCUUUAGUGCGCAACCCCAAAAUCCUUCUGCUGGACGAAGCCACUUCUGCUCUCGAUGCUGAGAGCGAGACCAUUGUGCAGGCUGCCCUUGAUAAGGUCCGACUGGGUCGCACCACCCUGGUCGUAGCUCACCGCCUCUCCACCAUCAGAAACGCAGACCUCAUCGCCGGCUUCCAGAAAGGUGAAAUUGUGGAGAUCGGGACACACGGUGAACUGAUGAAGACGAAGGGAGUCUACCACACCCUGGUCACCAUGCAGACCUUUGAGAAAGCCAAGGAGGGGAGUGAGGAGGAGGAGGAGGAAGAGGAGGAUGAUGACCUGAGUGGAGAGAGAAGCCCGUUAGACAAGUCCAUGUCAGAGUCCGGAGUGUUCAGGAGGAAGUCCGCAAGAGGCUCCUCCCGCAGGAGGAAGUCUACUAGAGGCUCCUCCUUCGCCGCCUCAGAGGCAGGAAAAGAGGAAAAAUCAAAGGAUGAGAAGGAAAAGGCAGAAGAGGAGGAAAUUCCCCCCGCCCCCUUCUUUAAAGUGCUCGCUCUCAACAAGUCCGAGUGGCCGUAUAUUCUGCUGGGGAUCAUUUGUGCCACGAUCAACGGAGUAAUUCAGCCUGUGUUCGCCAUCAUCUUCUCCAAGAUCAUCACCGUGUUCGCUAACCCAGAUGAUGAAGUUGUGAGGGAAAGAUCCAUCUUUUUCUCCCUGAUGUUCGCUGCCAUUGGCGCCGCCUCGUUCGUCACCAUGUUUCUACAGGGUUACUGUUUUGGAAAAUCUGGAGAGGUUCUGACGAUGAAACUGAGACUCGAGGCCUUUAAGGCCAUGAUGAGACAGGACCUCGGCUGGUUUGAUGACCCCAAAAACAGCGUGGGAGCUCUCACGACCCGACUGGCCACAGACGCCGCUCAAGUUCAAGGGGCCGCUGGCGUCCGCCUGGCCACACUGGCCCAGAACUUUGCGAACAUGGGCACGGGUAUAAUCGUGUCCUUCGUGUACGGCUGGGAGCUGACCCUCCUCAUCCUGGGCGUGGUGCCCAUCAUCGCCGUGGCCGGAGCGGUGGGGAUGCAGAUGCUCACCGGACACGCAGCCGAGGACAAGAAGGAGCUGGAGAAGGCCGGGAAGAUUGCUACAGAGGCCAUCGAGAAUAUCCGAACUGUGGCGUCUCUCACCAGAGAAAAGAAGUUUGAGGAAUUGUAUCAGGAGAACCUCAUCGUGCCUUACAAGAACGCCCAGAAGAAAGCCCACGUGUUCGGCUUCACCUUCUCCUUCUCCCAGUCCAUGAUCUACUUCUCCUACGCCGGAUGUUUCCGCUUCGGAGCUUGGCUCAUCACACAAGGACGGCUGGACGCCGAGUCCGUCUUCCUUGUGAUCUCGGCUGUUCUCUACGGCGCCAUGGCUCUCGGAGAGGCGAACUCCUUCGCCCCCAACUACGCCAAGGCCAAACUGUCGGCGGCCCACCUCCUGAUGCUGCUGGACAAACAGCCCGAAAUCGACAAUCUGUCACAUGAGGGAGACUCGCCGAACCAAUUCGACGGCAACGUGACCUUCGAGUCGGUCAAGUUUAACUACCCCUCGCGUCCCGACGUGCCCAUCCUGCAAGGCCUGAACCUGAAGGUGAAGAAGGGCGAGACGCUGGCCCUGGUGGGCAGCAGCGGCUGUGGAAAGAGCACCACCAUCCAGCUGCUGGAGAGGUUCUACGACCCCAGAGAAGGCCGAGUGACGAUGGAUAAUUCGAACAUCAGAGAUCUGAACAUCUUCUGGCUGAGGUCCCAGAUCGGCAUCGUUUCCCAGGAGCCUGUGCUGUUCGACUGCACGCUGGCGGAGAACAUCGCCUACGGAGACAACAGCCGCAUCGUGACCAUGGAGGAAAUACAGGCCGCCGCUAAAGCCGCCAACAUUCACAACUUCAUAGAGGACCUGCCACUGAAAUACAACACACAGGCAGGCGAUAAGGGGACCCAGCUGUCAGGCGGCCAGAAGCAGCGGAUCGCCAUCGCCCGAGCCAUCCUGCGAAACCCCAAAGUGCUGCUGCUGGACGAGGCCACGUCCGCACUGGACACCGAGAGCGAGAAGGUGGUGCAGGCGGCUCUGGACCAGGCCAGCAAGGGCCGAACGUGCAUCGUGGUGGCCCACCGCCUCUCCACCAUCCAGAACGCCGACCGCAUCGCCGUCUUCCAGGGUGGAGUGGUGGUGGAACAGGGCACACAUCAGCAGCUGCUGGCCAAGAAGGGAGUCUACCACAUGCUGGUCACCACACAGAUGGGCCACGGGAGGGAAUGACGGCCGAAUCACCACCGUCCUGGUUUCUAUAAUCUGUAAGCUGGGCUGCGGUUAGCGCCGGUGAAUUUUGCCAUCAGCGCUGUGAAUCUCAUCUCUACAGUUUACAUAAUCACAGUGGAGCAGAGUGCACUCCGCUGGGAAUGAGUCCGAAGUCGGGCUGCUGCUGCUGAGCUCUCGCUUUUACGGCGGCCUCUCAAACGACAUUUCGGUUUGCGACACUAGGAAAACUGCUGGUGAGCAAAGAAAAAUAAAAAAAAAAAUACAAGUGAUUGUUAAACAGACUUGCCUUUUACGGCCGUCGCUUUGCACGCUGAGUCACUGUCACAUUGUGGUGGCGUAUUUUAUGACCAAAACUCACGUUUUCCCCCAGUGUGAUGAGAUAGAAAGUCCGCCAUGUAACAAACAGACCUGAAGAUGGUUUAUUGAUAUUUUGUCUGGUCAAUAAUUGCAUCUAAAAAAAAAAAAAAACUUACCAGAAAGUUCACUAAGUUAUUUCUGCAUUUCACAAUAAUGAAACAGCUUUUGAUAUUUU